AUUAGCGAGGGCGGUACUCCAAAGCACAGCUGAAAGUGUCCAAUUCACUCCACGACAGCUCGUAAAUUAAACAGCGGAUAUUCAACUUGAAGAUGGCUCCACCAGUGACACCAUCACCGCACCGUUUUCUAAACAAAUCAAUAUCCAACUCCACCCGAGGCACCAUUCCUCCAUCCCAAUCACAACCACCUCAAGAGCCAAACUUUUCGUCCACUCCCCGCUUUGCUUUCCAUUCACCGCUACAUCUGUCUUCUUCAUCUACGCUUAGACAUAAUGAUCCAUCAACUAGGAGAACACAAUACCCAGUGGACGCCUCACCUUUACUACACCCGCCCACGAUAUCCGCCCACCCAACCGCAGGUGGCAUCCUGGAGAAUGGUGACAUUUUUGCAACUCCCUCGAGUCCCGCGUCCCCUCCACUUCUUCCAACAACACAACUUCGUCGUCGCCACGAUUUAAUAGAGGAUGCAAUAGAACUCCCUUCUUCUUCGCCUGGACAAUCUGAAGGCGAUAUAGUAUCGCCUCAGCCUUCAUCCUCUCCGCCGGCGCAGCUAGUGCCUCGUUCUCCAGGCCUAGAAACUCCACGUGCAAAGCGACGAAGAAGCUCCGACUUAUGCUUACCCAACAGUCCAACAGCGCUCCACGCUCCAGACAAAAAUUAUGCCUAUUCAGAAGCCAAUCAAGCGUCUCAAUCUUCUAUAUCUCUGCCUCCGUCUCCUCCUCUCGGGCAAAACUCAUCACGCUUUGUCAUACCUUCACUGGCUCCAGCUCCGACUUCGCCCCUUCCAGCAUCUCAUGCGCCGGUCGCAGAUGCCAAAUCUCAACGUUCAACUUUUCUACGUCCCCAACUUCCAAAUGUAGGAGCAAGAGGAAACCAGCGAGGAGAAGAGGGUCAGUCUCCACUUAACCAUCCAAUAUCCCCACAGCAGAAAUUAAACAGAUAUAUGAGCGGUGGACUAGCAGCUACAGUCCGUGACUGGAUAGUAGAAGCUUCGGGCUCUACCGGUCUACAAGGACGACAAGAGAAUGUCCGUUCCGAGGCUAUCAGCGGAACAAAAGAGGCAGGAGUUCCAACAGAGUACCAUGCUCCUUCGAGCACAUCUAACACGACUGCUAUGCAUUGCGCAACCAAGGCUCCACGUCAAUUGAAUCUCAGAAUCCACGUAUCAGAGGUCAUGCGCACAAGCAGUGGCCAUACUGCCGGCAACGCCAUCCUUCUUCGUGGUCACAUUACCGACAGUCUCGAUGUUGAUAACCAUCUCUCGGAAGCCCAAGGACCUUCAAGUCUACACGUUCUUCUUCCUUCUGCCCCGCGCGUUAAGCAAGUCCAUAAAGGCAAAGUGCUCGAUAUGAAGGCUCCUUUGUGGGAGAUUGAAGCAUGUGGCAUAAUCUGGAUUGUCGCCAUGAAUUGGGUCGUUCUUCCGACAUAAUGCCCCUACAUUAUUUUCUCGUCGGCUUAGCAGUCAAUUACGGAGAUAUAUUUUGUCAUUAGCUCUCGCGGGCCUGUUCCGCCCCUGGUUACUGCAGUUAGGCCUGCUUGGUCAUUGCUUGGUCAUAAGUUAACGUUAGUUAGAUCAUUAUUAACUACUCGGUAGUUAUCGGUGCCUAUCGGGGCGACGUCGCUCAGUUAGGUUUAGUCCUCAUCUUGUCAUGUAUCCAGGGUCCUUGCAUCCCGAGCCCGUCCUUGAAUACGAGUAACGUUGGGUGGGGAUUAUAGGACAUUUUCUAAGCUUCGUUUCAAAAUGCCUGAGCACAAGCAAUUCCGGUU